ACGUGUCGAAAGUGCGGGUGGUUGGGGUGCGUUUUGAGGCGGCGGGCGGGCGGGCGGCCGGCGCGGCGGCGGCGGUGGUGAGGGAAGGCCAUGAGACGGCGCGCUGCUCCGGCUGUCACUGUUGCUGUCGCUGUUGCUGGGCGGACUCACUGGGAAGGAACACAAGGGCGCAGGGGGAAAUAAAAACAAGCGAGCUGGAAAGGACACCUCCGCUCCGCGAGUGAUGCUGCGCCGGGAGCGGAGAUGGAGUUACCGCGGGAUCUCGGGUGGUUCUCUGGCCUUCUGGAGAGCGUCGUGUCUUUUUGCAGCGAGUUCGCCCAGGACUGGAGCACCAACGACAUGAGGGUCACAAUCUUCAAAAUCCUCCUGGGUUGGUUGGUUUGCAGCUUGGUGGCCAUUCAUAUGGCAUGGAAGUACCACGGGGCUACAGUCAACGACAUGUAUUACAGGGAGUGGAGGUCAGAAUGGUGGUACUCCAGAUGGAUCCUCAAACUUUACUCCCUGGGAAGAUGCAAGUGGCAAGUCAAUGAAAAGUCACAGAGAGUGAGUGGUGUAGCUGCGACAUGCACUAGUGUGCGAUGUGGAGAGAAGAUGAUGUGAACCUGGAAACUCAUGCUGCUCUUUGGGUGCUAGGCUCAUCAAAGUUUCAAGUACUGUGGCCCAAUAACCUAAUGUGCCAUUUGUGACUCAGUGCCAUUAAUGUGCUUUUCUUUUGUAAUAUUCUUAGGCUUUGCUGAGUGGUCACUUGUAUCAGGGAAAGUUUGUAUUGUUUUAAGAAAAGCCAUGGUCAGAUAUGUUCAUCUUGAGCAGGGAAUUGACUUAAUCAGUUAAGAACCAGUUGCACAGAAGAAUAUGUUUAAUUACUAGCCUGACAAUGAAAAUUCCAAAAAAAAUCUGAUGGAUUUUGUGGUGUUGCCCAUGUCACUGGUGACAUGCAGCCCUAAUGAAAAGUGCAUGAAUCAGCAUUUGGAAUAUCAAGGAUCUGCAAUCAGUUUUUCUUUCAGUUAUGUUUUAAGAAGCCAGACUACUAAACUAUUCCAGACAAGCAAUAGAUUGAUUUGCUAGAGAUUCUUGAAAAGAGAUAUUAUUAAACAUUCACUUGUAAAUUAGAGCAUGUUAAAAUUUUAAUAAAUAAUACACUACUGAAUUUUAUUUUGAUAUCUAUAUACAGACAAGUACCCUUUGGAACAGAAGGAUGAAAGAAAAAUGGAGGGCUAUGUGCAAGGGAAGUGAUCUUUAAAUAGGACUUUUAAAAUCUGAUGAAGCUGAAAAUGUUAUUAACAGAAUAUUGGAUUGACAUUUGAGGGACUGGAUGUAAUGUAAAUUUACAGACAUAAUGCAAAGGUACUGAAUGAGUCUGUAUCUCAAGUCUACACUUAACAAAGCUCCUGUCAUUUGAAGAUGGGUGUACAAUCUACUAGGGAAUAAAUAUCUCACAUUUGAAAUUUGCAAUUGCUCACAAAGAAAAAACAAAGUUCUUCAGACACUCAAGCAGCGUACAUGAGACCAUCAGACAUAUGAGCAGUAUUAAGCCAUUCAAGUCUUCACCAUUUGAUCAUGGCUGAUUCAUUUCCCUCUCAACCCCAUUCUCCUGUGUUUUCCCCAUAACCUUUCACACCCUGACAUAUCAAGAACCUAUCAACCAAGAACCUUAAAUACAUCCAUUGACCUGGCCUCCACAGCUGCCAGUGGCUACAAAUCCCACAAACCCUCUGAUGAAAGAAAUUCCUCUUUGUCUUUGUUCAAAAUUGACGUUCCUCUACUCUGAGACUGUGUCCUCUGGUCCUAGACUCGCCUUACUAUAGGAUACAUCCUCUGCACGUCCACUCUAUCCAGGUCUUUCAAUAUUCAGUGGGUUUCAGCAGGAGGUGUCUGUUCAGGAGGGAGGUGAAGUGACUCUGGAGUGAUCCAUUUGCUUGUUAGCCAAAUGAUUUACUAACUAGCUUUUCAUUAUGUACAUUAUUCUACCUGUUUAGGAAGUGGGUACUUGUAUGCAUUGAAAGUAGCCUUUGGCCAUGAGCCUAAACUGAAGGAAGAUAAUUUUCCACAGAAAUACUCAACUCUAAGUGGAGAAUGAGAAUACAUAUUAAAAUUAAAUUAAAUUAACAUAUGUUGGUGCAGAUGAUUCUCUGCAAUUAACAUUUACAUUUUUGGAAUUAAUUCUUGAAGAAAGAAAAGGUAAACUUUCAUCCUCACUAAAGGUACUUGGACUGAGAGCAAAUAUGAAGUCUACUUCAAUGUAAUUGCUUCUGCUAGCCUGCUGAAAUAAGGAUCUAAUGUUUCAAUUAUGAAUUAAUAUUUUUGUUUACAUAUUGCUUAGAAAAGCAGUAAAAAAUUGAAGGAGCAGGUUUGAGGUACUAUAAUAUUUUCUAAUUUUAUUUUAUGGUACUUGGUUUGUGAGUGUGAUCUGCCUACACCCUCCUACCUAACACCACCACUAUAAAUCAGAACAAGUGGGAAUUGAGUGCAGGUGGAAUGUUAGUAAUCUAUUAUAUGUAGCUGGAGAACCUGGCUGAUGGAAUGGGACUGAGAGAUGACAUUCGAUCAAAGAAUUACAGAUAUAUCUAGUGUAAUAUCCAUUCUUCCCACCUGACUGGCAAAAUAAACAUUUAGGUUGGGACAAUAUUCAAUUGAUCUGCUGUAAAUUACACACAGGAUUUUGUCAAUGCUAUCACCUGCACUGGACUAUGACUCCAAUUGGCAUCCAUGGAAUAACCAAUUGAAAAAACCAUCAAUCCACUCCUGGCCUGUGAUAGGCAAUGCCGAAAGGAGAGAAUUCUUUACUCUCUAAUAACAUAAAACUAUUUUCUUACAAUGAUAUUCAACUAUUUUGCUUGUUUUCACCUUCAAUUUUUACUUUUAAAAAUCUUAUUUUUUCCUCUCUGGAACCUUUACAUGGGUCAAUUAUUUUGUGUACUCUCACAUUACUGGGUGGGCAAAGUUAUAUCAAUGUUAGUUUCUUUGUUCCCAUUGUACACAAAUGCAUUCUCCAGGGGUAUCGACAGCAAUUAAGAGAUGUGUCUUGUACUGCUAAUCCUUUAUCUUCCAUUCUCUGCCCUACACCAACCCGUUCUUGCUUGCUCAAGAUGUAGUUGCAUUUCAUCAGCCUUGAUCUGUAUGUAGUGCAUAGUUUAACAAGGUAAUUAUUUGUAUUCUGCUCCCAUAGGGAAACACCCCACCAAGAACCACUACAAGAACACUGUGUGAUACCCCUUCGACCCUCUUUUUCCACUGUCUCUUGUGAAGCAUAAUGAGAGAAAGUGAUUUCAGGCUUUUGUCAAGGCUUCUGUUGAAGUGACUACCAAAAGCAGAUCAUGGAGAUUGCAUUUUUUGCUUAUUUGUGGAGGGAAGAAUGUGGCCUCCUGUAUAAGACAGGCAUUAUUGGGUACUCUAAUCCUUGAGUGUAUUACAGUAUCUGAGCAUUCACCAUGUUUGUGUGUGUUCAGGGGGUGUGGGUGCGAUGGAUGCCUUCCCAUUUAUCACCAUCUUCAGUCCUGGUUCAGUAGAUGCUGUUUAACAGUUAAUGCUGUUAAAAUGGCUGGAAAAAAAAGUAUAGGCUAACCAUUUUACCACUGAAAUGAUUUUUGUUUUUCAACUUGUAUUUGUUAUUUAUCUUUGUUUAUCCCCCAGAUUGCAGUGAAAAUGUUGAAACGCCUGAUUGGAAAUGCAGUAUCCAAAUGGUAGUCUUACAACAACAGAUCCUGAGCUUGUUGUACUGAAGUGAUGUAUGUUCUACCUAAAGACCUUUUUUAAUAGAAAUGUUUUGUAUAUAAACAGUACAUUUUGUAAAUCACUGUGAUCCAUAAAUCAGACAACCUUUGUAAAUUUGUGCCCCUAAUGUUAAUUAACUUAUUUAUGUCUGAACAUGUAAAGGCUUCCCUAAUGCUGUGUAUUCAAAAAAAAUCUGCUGUAAGUGUGUAUAUUUGUACAUUUAGCAUACAAUUUUUUUUUUGGUGGGACACUAUUUGAUUAUGUUUUAAAUAUAUUAAAAGCAGUUGCAGAAGCAGA